AUGAGCAUGACAGCUCACUGCCGGCCAUCCCUCUUACUAACCCCCUUUACAAAGGGGGAGGGGGGAGGUAGGAGAAGGGGCGGUGCAGGAGCCGCUCGGGCGACAGCAGGUUGGCCACACCCGCCACCCCCAUACCCUCCCCCCCACUACUGCACCCGCAGCAGAGAGAUGGAGGAGAAGGGGGGGGCGGGGGGGGGGGCUGGUGCUGCAGAUCCCCUCCCCCCUUCUGCUGCACCCGCAGCAGGGGGAGGUAGGAGAAGGGUGGGGGGGGCCUGGGCACCGGGGCCGCGGGUAGGGGCGGCAGAUCGCGAGGGGCCAUGGCCAGGGGCGACGGGGCCAUGGCUAGGGGCGACGGAGCCAUGGCUAGGGACGGGGCCGGGCGCUGGGCAGGUACGGGGCCGGACGCUGGGCAGGAACGGGGCCGAGCGCUGGGCAGGUACGGGGCCGGGCGCUAGGCAGGUACGGGGCCAGGCGCUGGGCAGGGACUGGGCCGGGCGCUGGGCAGGUACGGGGCCGGGCGCUGGGCAGGUACGGGGCCGGGCGCUCGGCAGGUACGGGGCCGGACGCUGGGCAGGUACGGGGCCGGGCGCUGGGCAGGUACGAGGCCGGGCGCUGGGCAGGAACAGGGCCGGGCGCUGGGCAGGUACGGGGCCGGGCGCUGGGCAGGUACGGGGCCGGGCGCUGGGCAGGUACGGGGCCGGGCGCUGGGCAGGUACGGGGCCGGGCGCUGGGCAGGUACUGGGCCGGGCGCUGGGCAGGUACGGGGCCGGGCGCUGGGCAGGUAUGGGGCCGGGCGCUGGGCAGGUACGGGGCCGGGCGCUGGGCAGGUACGGGGCCGGGCGCUGGCAGGUACGGGGCCGGGCGCUGGCAGGUACGGGGCCGGGCGCUGGGCAGGUACGGGGCCGGGCGCUGGCAGGUACGGGGCCGGGCGCUGGGCGCGGAAUGAGGCCGGGCGCGGGGCUAGGUACGGGGCCGGGCGCAGGCUAG